AUAAUUCUCUGGUACAAAAUUUCGUUUCGGCAGCCCCCUCUCGUCGGACUUGUUGAAAAUAAAUUCUGAAUAUAAUAAAAAAAAUUUCGCAAAAACAAAAAUAGUAGUUUCUUGUUAUAAACAUCUUUUAAGUGACAGGUGAGCAAACAGACACUGACCAACGUUACGUUCUGAGUCAGUCCAAUGCAUGGGUUAUAUUAACAUCACUCUCUCGUAAAAGAACCUAUACCUAAUUGAAAUCAAACCAUAUCGACUUUUUAGUCAAACUCCGCCGUUUUCAUGGCGAGGUGAACUGGUUGUUUAAUUAAUUUUCUCACUUUGUCAACAAACAGUUUGCUCCUGUGGGACCAGCCUAUUGUUCAUUGUCUAAAUUGUUAGCACCUUUAAUCCUGUUUUCUUAGAGAUCAGCCUCUAUUGUUUGCGCCUCCUUUGUCACCAAGUAGAAAAGUACAGUUUGAUUUUGCGUCGGUCAAACACUUGUAUCGUUGGGGCUUCAGCAAUGACUACUGGUUUAUGAUUGAAUGAUGUCGCCAGAGAGUAAACUUCCAAAGAAAACAGGACAGGAAUUAGGGAAUUUUUCAUUCUACUCUACACCGUGCGCGGAAGGAGAUUUAUUGCACAUCAAACAAUCGUCGAAUGCGAGGCCAUUACGUGUCGAAUUUGCCUUGCCGGAAACAGAUUUGGAACAAGCUGAAACUCGCACUACCAGCAGAGAAAUAAUUGCUUUCCCUACACUUCCAUCUAUUUGUGAGUUUACAAUGUUCUCGAGCAACCAGCCACUAACGGAAUCCGGGAAAAAGGUGUCUCAAAUUCGCCCUCUGACAAAACUUCCACCAAUGUACAGUAACGCGCGAGGUGGAAACAUAGCUAUCAAGAACGGUGCCGCUAGUGGUUUAACAACACAUAAGGAAAACGAAGGGCUUGUGGAGAACAAAGCCGGACUGGUUACAUGCACCAAACAAGACCUUCGAAUAGAAGUAAAAUGUAAGUUACCCGAGGAAUACCGAGAUCCAACAUACAAAGAAACCAAAAAGCGAAUUUGGGACUGGUUAAAACAGUCAGAAGCACACCAGCCAGCGUAUUUACGUCGUGCCAACGCUUUUAGAAAAACAGUGAAUUUGGACAAGUCGUCUGGCACACAAUACGUAAAAACUUUACAACACGCCUCUCUUACAGAAAGGAUUUAACUGACUCUAGUCAGUAGUAACUGAUUGGUAUAUAACGCAUCUCAUUUAUUUAUAGAUAUAUAAUUUAAUUUGUUUAAGGCUAGUUAUAAAUGCACCUAUAUCAAAUACAAACAAAUACAAACAAAUAAGAGAAUAAUGGACAGACCAACGAAUUGGUGAGGAUACAGUUUAAUCUGGUCUCACUUUUGUGCUGUUUAUUGAGGUUAUGCUUCUAUUAUUUACUCACUAGACAAGAAGAGAAAGAGACCAGUAGAUUCCACAGUGGGUAGUUCCAAUUUGUUUCACUACUAAUUACAAUAAGCUAGUUUAGAAGUUGCCUUCAGAGCAUGGACUGACAUUUUGAAGUAUCUUUUGUUUGUUGUGAAGUGUAUUUCGCGCUCAGUGUAAUUAAAAGCUACUGAAUUUAAAUUCUUGUAUAUUUCUUAUAAUUGGAAUCUUUCAGUGAUAGUUUCCCGCUGAAUCUGGGUAAUGUAUUUCGGGUAUACUUACAUUUUACUUUCAUUCUUGGCUACCGCUCAUAACGGAAAAGCAUUUCAUUAUAUAGAGUUAAAAUAAUCAAUUGAUUAAAAUUAGGAGCAGUGAUCACUAAAAAGUAGAUUGUUCAUGUAAACGGCUCCUUCUCUGUAGGCGGGUUCUACGAGAUUCAUCAGAAAAAUAACGUAUUUUAGAAGCCAGAUAGUACCCUUUGCAGCAGUAGGGAAUAGGAUCCAGACUGCAAAAGACUUUGUUCGGCCACAACAGAUGACAAAAGUACUUGGGAAGGCUGUUAAGAUGUUGCUGAUAUGACUUGCCAUUAAUGAACUUUACUAAUAGCCUGAGUAUCGACCUUCACAACAGAGAGGCGAGAGUGCAGGAGGAAAGAAGAGGAAAACGGCGUUUCUUUCUUUCCCUCUUCUUUUUUCCUUCCCCUGCCGCCUUUCUUUAGAAAAGCCAGAUACCCAGGCUAUGAAUUUUAAUUUGAACUACUGAAACUAACGCUAUGCAUGAGAUAGCUUUCCACCACUUCUGUAAACCAACAGAGAAUUCGAAAUGAUGAUCCUUAGAUAAAAGGAUUACUGAUACGCUUUAAGAUGCCUUAAUUAGUACCUGUUCUUUGGUCAAUCUCUAUUUAACACGUCUAUCAGCAAACAAAGAAUUAGCAGAAUCAGUCUUCGAGAAAUAUCGAAGGACGACCUUAGCUGCUAUUGUAACUGUCUCUCAAAAACAGGUUUACCAUUUGAAACCUUUGUGAUUUAGGUAAACUAUCUGUAGUGUGAUCAGAAUUGUUCUGUGCGUUCGAGGUUCUCAGGAAGACAAAAGUGACCAAUCAAAGAGGCUGACGACCAACUUUUCAUCUCGCUCUGAUAAUUCAUAGAGUACACGAGAUCGUGGCACGCGGUCUACAGUAUUGAGUGGCCUUUGCGCAAGUUCUAAUGCAAUUCAUAUCUAAUUUGCCAGUUGCAGAUGAGGUACCCAGCUACUCCCAGCUAGAAAUUGCCAAGUUAAUUUCCAGAAUACAGUCAGACCUGACCCAAGUCCUGAUCAGUGGGCUAAAAUUUUCAAUCUUUCCAGAAUGAGACUUUGACUGACAGGUUUAAAAAGGCAAGACCCAAUGAUUUGCCGUUGAAUGCUUGGUUGAUAAAUUUAUUUGCCAUGAUUGUUCUGGAAAUCUAAUAGCCACUUUAAAAUAAACAAAUUGGCUGUUUGGGUGUGGGAUGAAAAAGAAAAAAAAAUCUGAUUCCCCAACGGAAGAGGCAUAUACUUCACCAUCCACCCACUGGCCGGAUCCAGUAACCACCAAGCGAAACAGAGAUGCACUAUUUUUGUGCUAUGCAAAUGAAACGCUUUGUAACACCUGUACGACAAAAAGAAGAACUCGUUCUUGCAAUGAAAUUAGAACAAUGGCAAUAA